CUGAACUCCCAGGGCCUUCCAGCUCGUCGUCCCUUCCCGACCCGGCCAGCCGUCUGGAGCCCUUGUCUGUGUGCGCACCAGUCAGUCGGGACCAUCGGAGACGAAGACCUCCCAUUUGCCUAGAGAGAGCGAAUGGGCGUCCGGCUCCCGGGGGUUGGGGUUGUCGUGGGUGGUGAAGGAGGACGACCCGGAAACGAAAUGGGGAGGGGCGACUUCCGUUCUUUGUUCUGGUCUCGGUUGUGUGGGUCUGUGACAGGGUCCACCGGGGCCCGGCUCGUGUCCGGCCCCCUAAGUCUCACGUCCCUGUCCCCGGGGUGAGUGGGGCCGUCUUCGGGACUCGCGUGCUCCUUCAAAAUCUACUUCCCGCUGAGUCUACAGCCUGGAGACCAGAGCCCAGACCUGUCUACUGUAACCAUGGAAACUCAGGCUGACCUUGCCUCUCAGGAACCCCCGCCCCUGCUAGAGAGUGCUCUUUCCUCUUCAAAGGUCCCUUCCUUUCCUGACAAAGACAGUCUGGGGCACGGGAUGUUGGCUGCUGCACUUCUAAAGGCCAAGUCCCAGGAGCUGGUGACAUUUGAGGACGUGGCAGUGUACUUCAUCUGGAAGGAGUGGAAGCGUCUGGAGCCUGCGCAGAGGGACCUCUGCAGGGGUGUGAUGCUGGAGAACUAUGGGAACGUGCUCUCCCUGGAUGGUGAAUCCAAAACUGGAAAUGACCAAGUAAUCUCUGAAGGCAUGGGGUCACAUGAGAUGGUGCUGGGCCGAUUCCACACGGAUGCUUCUCAGGGUGGUAGGUUUGGAGAAGCCUAUGAGCAAGAAGUCAGUCUGAAGAGACAGCAUGGGAACUCCUCUGUUGGAAGACUGAAUAGGAAAAUACAGGGGUUUCACCAAGUGAGAGUUGAGGAAAAGCUCACCCAUAUGGGACAAAGAAAUGAGAAGUGCAACGAGUUUGGGGACAGCUUCACUGUGAACUCCAACCUUAUUUCACAUCAGAGAUUUCCCGUGGGACGCAGACCACACAAGUGUGAUGAAUGUAGCAGGAGUUUUAAUCGAACUUCAGACCUUAUUCAGCAUCAGAGAGUUCACACCGGCGAGAAACCGUAUGAGUGUAACGAGUGUGGGAAGGCCUUCAGUCAGAGUGCACACCUCAUUCAGCACCAGAGAAUCCACACUGGAGAGAAGCCCUACGAAUGUAAGGACUGUGGGAAGACCUUCAGCUGUAGCUCUGCUCUCAUUCUGCACCAGAGAAUCCACACUGGGGAGAAGCCCUACGAGUGCGGUGAGUGCGGGAAGACAUUCAGUUGGAGCUCCACUCUUACUCACCAUCAGAGAAUCCACACUGGAGAGAAGCCCUAUGCUUGCAAUGAAUGUGGGAAGGCUUUCAGUAGGAGUUCAACCCUUAUUCAUCACCAGAGAAUCCACACUGGAGAGAAGCCCUAUGAAUGUAACGAGUGUGGGAAGGCCUUCAGCCAGAGCUCACACCUCUAUCAGCACCAGAGAAUCCACACUGGAGAGAAGCCCUACGAAUGUAUGGAAUGUGGAGGGAAGUUUACCUACAGCUCAGGCCUUAUUCAGCACCAGAGAAUCCACACAGGGGAGAAUCCCUAUGAAUGUAGUGAGUGUGGGAAAGCCUUCAGGUACAGCUCAGCUCUUGUUCGCCAUCAGAGGAUUCACACUGGAGAGAAGCCUUUGAAUGUAAUGGGUGUAGGCAGAGACUCUCUCAGAGUUUCUCCUGAAUUAAACAUCAGAGAAUCCACAUGAGAGAGCCAUACACUAUUUUCCUCAUCUCUGAGUCUAAAGAGCUCUUGCCUUACUUUGUCAAUAGGGCCAAUUUAGGGUGUGUCCCACCUCCAGCCAUUCACUCAGAGAGUGGGGCAGGUGGGGUCAAACAUCCUGGCAUGGUGAUCAGCAGGGCGUCCCGGGAACGGAUACCAGCCUUGAAAAAUUGUGAGGCGAGUAGCAGAUUAAGCACUGGGAAAAGAAGGAAGCUUGGGGACCAGUCACCCCUUUUUGGGAAGGGGUUUGCACUAAACCAAUUUUCUUACACCAGAAGAGCCUUUCUUUCCGAGGUGGGGAUGGGAGCUUUUUAGCAGCAAAAUCCCGAGGGUUCCACUAGUUGGCGCCAGUGUGGUGAGCACACAAGGCACCGAGCAGCACUUCCUGGGUCAUCGCUGAGCUCUGGGAAGGGAGACAAGCUGGUGGUUUGUUUUGUUUUUGUUUUUGACAGGUCUAGCCCUGGCUGUUCUUGGACUCACUGUGUGGAUCAGGCUGUCAUUGAACUCAGAGAGACCUGUCUGCCUUUGCCUCCUAAAUGCUGGAAUUAAAGGCAUAUUAUACAACCAUGCCAGACCCUCGGGUCGCAUUCCAAAGCCACUCUUCCUAAUCCAGGUUUAAGACUGGAAGAGUAUGCUGCUUUGGUACAUGACUUCAUGAAUUCAGGAAACUUGGUGCUAAUGGGUUCAUUUUAUUGGGGGUGGGGUGGGGGAAAGGACCCCAGCAAGGGUUUCUGUAAUGACUAUCUUUGGAGCUAUGUUUUCAAGACAAGUCUGAGGACUGGAGGGAUGGCUCAGAGGUUAAGAGCACUGGCUGCUCUUCCAGAUGUCCUGAGUUCAAUUCCCAGCAACCACAUGGUGGCUCACAACCAUCCAUAAUGAGAUCUGGCGCCCUCUUCUGUCAUGCAGGGCUACACGCAGACAGAACACUGUAUACAUAAUAAAUCUUAAAAAAAAAAAAAAAGGUCUGGCAAUACUGUUGGCAGACCCCACAACUUGUCUUGUAACAGGACUGGAAAUCUCAAUGGAGCAGUAAAUAACCUGAGGUAGAUCAGAAGCACUUAACACUGGCCUGACUCCUCUCCUCUUUUUUCCUAUUCCUGUGGCGAACGGUAAUUCGAUGUCAACUAAGGAUGCUGUUAGGGAGCUCACCUACCCAGCUUGUUCUGCCCUCUCACCUCUAACAUCUGGCCCCAGCAGCUGGACCUGUCUGGAUUCCAUCUGACUUCAAACAGUAAAGCCAGAGAGGCCCUGAGGCCCGAGCUUGGCAGCAGAGUUCCUUGUUGGGUUCAGGUGGUGCUCCAACCAACAGGUGGCUUUCCAUGUUUCUCCAGCCCCGCCCAUCCUGUAGCUUAAAUGAAAUGCACUAUUAAACAGACUAGUCUUUCAGAAGGGAGACAGAGUGUAUGUUUGUAUAGGAAUCAAAGUUAUGUAGUUAAAACAGCAUAGUAACCAUAAAUGGAGUCCAAAGACAAACUUUGAAAAUUUUCAUUGAUAACCAUUUUUUUGGUCACAAAUGUGUGGUUUUCCUGUCCCAUACAGCUCCCUGCCUUGUAGACAUUGUUAUAGACUAAAACUUCUACAGCUUCUCCCUCCGUCAUAACAAAUUAGGGCUUUGUGAGCUGUAGAUCAUUUUGUACGGCAUUAUGUCUACGAUUGAUGAUAAAAAGUAAAAAAGGUGUGCUUGGCCCUUUGUAGCAAUGGGCAAAUCUGUCUUGGUUUGGUGUUUUCAGAAGGAUGUUAUAGCAAUGGAGAAUGGUAGGCUGGGAAUGGGAUGAAGAGGGUAACAUUAAGAGGGCUGUGAACUCCCUGCACUUGGGAGGCAGAGGCAGGUGAACCUCUCAGUUCAAGAACACCCUCGUCUACAGAGCUGGUUCUAAGACAGCCAAGGCUACACAAAGAAACCCUGUCUUGAAAAAUAAAACAACAAAAAAGACGGCCAUGAACUCAUUUUUUUUUGGUAGAGUAUCAUGAUGGAUCAUCUAGUAUGUACCUUUAACUUCACAAACUUUUGUGACUAUCUUUUGGAUCCUUUAACACUUGUCACCAGGCCUGGUGGUGCAGGCCUCUAGUCUCAGCUGCUUGGGAGGCUGAUGGGGGAAGGAUCACAAGUUCAAGGCCCGCCUGCACUACAUAGUGAAUUUAAGGCCAGCUCGGACAAGUUAGUAAGGAGGCCAGUCCAUUGUUUGUCUUCUAAGUGCUGGGGGUUAGGCUGAGCCAACUCUGCCUCCUUGGCAGUUAUAUACAACUAGCAUCUAUAUCUGCCUUUUCAAGCCACACAUAAUUCCUUAUCAAAUAAAACUCUGAAGAACUUUUUUUUUCUUUUCUGACACAGGGUCUCACCCACUGUAUAUCCUGGCUGUCCAGGAACUCACUGUAGACCAGGCUGGCCUCAGACUCCCUGCCUCCUGUGUGCUGUGACUAAAGGAAGACAUCUUCAUUCAUAGCUAACGAGGUUGUUGUAUUUCUCCUUUGCUGGGGAUCAAAUCUAGCAACCCUUUCGUGCUGGACAAAAACUUGAGUACCUCAGUCCAGAAAUUGUUUGCAUUUAUUUUUGGUUUGCAUAUUCAUGUCUGCAUACACCAUGGCAUGCAUAUGGAGGUCAGAAGUCUGCUCGCAGGCGUUGGUUCUCCUGCAGUGCGGGUCCCAAGGAUGAAGCCAAGGUCAUCCGGCCUGACAAGAGCAAGUGCCUUUACCUGUGGAGCCUUCUGUCUGAUCCAGGGAUUUUAUUUUAUUUUGUGGUUUGCUUUUGAACCAGGACUGACCUUGAACUGAUCCUCCUGUGUCUACCUUCCAAGGGUUGGGAUUACAAGCAUAUGCUACCAUACCUAACUAGGAAUUUGAUUUUGAAUCCAUCUCCAGUGACAUCUCUGAGAUCCCAUUCAAAUGAUUCUGGAAUAGUAUAUUAUGUAAUAAAGUUUCUAAGUGA